CUCACCUCUCUCCUUUCUACAAUGCUCGUCUCCAACAGCAUUUGGGCUGCCUACGGCAUCAAGACCGCGCCAGAGGAAAGCUUCGAGAUGCGGAGCCUUCCCCGUCUCACCAAGAGAACAAGCACACCACAACCAAGCCUCAUAGUUGACACCUCAUCCGCCCCCUCUCCAUCCACAACACCCACCUCACCCUCAACCUCGAACGAAAACACAAUCCAAGCAACAACAACAUUCACACCCGCCGUCCCCGUCGCCCCCUCUGCCCCCUCACCUCCUCCUGCAGCAUCCAGACUUUCUCCCGCAGCGAUCGUAGGCCUGUGCAUCGGCAUUGGCGUUGUUGUGCUUAUUGCGUAUGGUGUGCUAGAGGCUUGUGUGUUGAGGAAGAGGAGGAGGGAGAGGGCGCUGAGGAGGGCGGUGGAAGAGGUUGAAUGGGGAUCGGUUAGGAGUGUGGAGAGUAGAGAGGACGUUGUGAUGGAGAGGAAAGGUGAUGUGGUGGUGGGCGAGGAGGAGGUUUGGGAGGUGGAGGAUGAUAUGGGCGGAAGGAAGGGGAUGAGUUUGCCGAGGAGAGUGUGGUGA